AUUCAACACACACACACACACACAAACGACCAAUUUUAACUUGCUAACAUACGAUAGUUUGAGUUAUUGCGUUAUGAAAGUUGAUAAGUACCUAAUUCAUUAAGUACCUAAUAGAUUAGAUAUAUAAUGGCAAUAAAUAAUAGCAUUUAUCUGGGACUGUAUUGAAACGAUAUUAUUAUAAUAAUUACGGCAAUAUCGAAUUAAAAUAUUAAUCGUUUUAUUGAAACUAUGAACGUUGAAGUAAUGACUUUAGUUAGUGACGUUGAAUGGAGACUCGUUAUUUGAUGCAUGCUUUUGAUUGUGCCUGCGUGUGUUGAUCAUGAUGGAAAAAAAUAAUUCAAAAGUUACUGCCCAGCUUUAGCUACCCGGGACUGUUCCAUACGGUAAUCGGGUAAUGCGAUGCAAUUUUUUCAGGAAUAUAAUUUAAGUGGAAAAAUAAUAACAAUACGUUCUAGAGCCUUCAGCCUAUUAGAUCCUCAAUCAAGGAUAAUAAUAGUGAUAGUGACACCCUAAAUAGUAUCUUGCAGUGUAAAACAUCAAGUUCUAAAUAUUUGAUAACCAAAUCAGUAAAUUUGGACGAAGCUAUCGAAAUUGUCGGAUUUGGGAGUUUUCAUUACUACAUAUUAUUCAUUUGCGGAUCACUUUUCGCAGCAAUCUCAAUUAGUGUGACGUCAGUGUCUUUCAUUAUACCGUCAGCACAAUGUGAUUUUCAAAUGACAUCUGUCCACAAAGGAAUCCUAAAUGGAGCAUCGAUGAUAGGUAUGUUAUUCGGAUGUUUUAUUACGGGUUACGUGGCAGAUUCCAGAGGCAGAAAGUAUACAUUGGUCGUCUGCAUGAUGAUUGAUGGUGUCUUCAGCCUCAUAUCUAGCGUGUCUCAGAUUUAUCCAGUAUUGAUAUUCUGCAAGUUAAUGAGUGGAUUUGGGGCGUCUGGUUUUACUGUACUCUAUUCAUACAUUGGAGAGUUUGUGAACGGCAAAAAACGCGAACAAUUUCUUUGUUGGAUGGAAAUGUUCUGGACAUUUGGUGUAAUAUUAGUUCCGUGCAUAGCAUGGAUAGUUAUACCACAAACAUUCAGAAUCGAAUACGGUUUCUUUUUGUUCAGGUCGUGGAAUUUAUUUGCUGUUAUUUGUUCUCUUCCAAGCAUAAUAUUUUCAUAUUUGUUGCUUCAAUUGCCGGAAAGUCCAAAGUUCUUACUCGCCAAGGGUAAACACGACGAGACCAUGAAUUGCUUGAAAUUCGUUUAUAGAUGGAAUAAUAAUACUGACGAUGAAUUUCCGGUGACUUCAUUGAUGUUACCUGAUUGUAUUACCGAAGAGAAUAAUAGCUUUAUUAAUGGACUCUACAAGAGUAUUCUGGAGUUGUUUACGUCUCAAUAUAAAAUUGUAGCUAUGAUUACAUGUGUGAUACAAUUUUGUUGCACUGCUAGCUUUUACAUGAUGGUUUUGUGGUUCCCAGAGCUGAUGAAUAGAUUUCGAUGGUAUGAAACAUUAUAUUCGGGUCCCAAAAAUAUGACAAAUAUGUGCGAUAUUGUGUCACUGUUUAAAAUUGAACCAGAAGAGAUAGAUCUCAAAUGCAAUGAUGAAAUCGAUCAAUAUGUUUACGAGAACAUUCUCAUAAUCGGCAUGGCUUGUAUACCUACAAGUAUUAUUGUGCCACUAUUAGUCAACAAAUUUGGAAUUAAAUUUUUCUUAGUGGUUUGUUUUUUGGGGUCAGGGUUGUCUUCUGCUUGCUUGUAUUUCAUUUCGUCUUCAUUCGAGAAUAUCGUGUUAUCAUCCAUAUUUCAAGCUCUUUCCAGCAUGGGUUUUGAACUAGUAUUUUGCAUAAGUGUUGAACUAUUUCCAACAGAAUAUAGGGGCGUUGCCAUAUCUAUUGGUUCCAUGUUUGGCAGAAUAGGUGCAGUUCUUGGCAACAUCGUAGUUGGUGUAUUUAUAGAUGCACACUGUAUGGUUCCUAUUUUAGUAUCGUGCUCUCUUCUGAUAAUUUCAGGGAUUUUAGUUUUGACGUUACCAACAACUGGAAGGAUUGCCAUAAAAUGAAAAUAUAAUAUUAGGAGAGAGAACUUUGAACUUGUAUCAUUAAACAAUUAGUAUAUA